CGGAAAAUAAAAACCACCACUCUCCUCGGUUUCUCUGCGUUUUGUUCACUUUGCCCCAAAAGAAAAAAUCUCUUCUUCUUCUUCUUUCGCUCCCCCUCCCCUCCUUCGCCGUUUCGUGUGUCCGAAGUCGAUUUUAACAAACCAGGCAAACUCCAAAGACGUGAAUUCCUUUAUCCAGGUCUGAUUUUGUAACAUUGCUUUAUCUCUCUAUAAAAAUUAAUGGCUUCAUCGUUCUACUACAUGUCUUAUUGUAAUUUGAUUAUGAUUGCUUUGUGAUAAGAGUUAACGUCAGCGUUUUCAUGAUGUUUAAAUUUUCCAAUUGCGUCACUAUCUUUCGUCUUCUUUCCUUGUUGUUGUUGUUGUUGUUGUUCUAGUCCAAAAUGAAGGAUAGUUAGUUUCUCUGUCUUGUUAUUUUUUUUAGUUUCUCUGUAACAGCAUGCCGAAGCAUCGGAGGAUGAAGCAUAUGGAGGAACCCUAUGGUGGUGCUUCUGGAGAGUACCCUGACUUUGGUGCAAUUUUCAUGUCCAAUUACUCCACGAGAAAGGAAUGCCUUGGACGAGAGCUUUUCGGUUUGCCAAUGAGGCAAGCCGGUUUUGUUAAACAGGUCAAAGCCGGAAUGUUGUUGUUUUUGUUUGAAUUCGAGAGUAGACAGCUACAUGGUGUCUUUCAGGCUUCCUCUGAUGGUGCAAUCAACAUUGAGUCCGAUGCAUUCUGCUCUUCUGGCAAACAGUUCCCUGCUCAGGUCAAGUUUACUGAGAAGUGGCGUUGUAGGCCGCUUCCUGAAAGCGAGUUUCGUCAUGCUAUUCGUGAAAACUACUUUACAGCAACUAAGUUCAAUUUUGGACUCUCCAAGGCUCAGGUUCAGAAGCUGUUGAAGUUGUUUAGCUUGAAGAAAGAAGAUAGAUCCAGGCUGAGGAAAACUGCAGUUGUAAAACCCACUAGAGAAGCUGAAAGGAAUCUGAGAAAUAGAGUUGGUGAUCGCUGCUUUCGGAAUUUUAAUGCAGGAGAAACGGAUGGAGAUGUUGACAGUGAGUUUCCCUUCAGAGUUACUUCUGCAGGAGAAGCCCGUGAUCGUAGGCCAGCAGAAAAUUAUGGUUUUGAGGAUGAAUCUGCUAUUGGCGUAGAGGUUGAUCCAACUAAAGGGAAUGAGUACUCUGGAGACACGUCUGACGUUAACCUGAAUUAUAGCUUUGGCACUGAUGCUUUAACUAAUAAUUCUCCUGUUAAUGAUCGAAGAGUCCCGAAGAACCUGAGACACACUGCAAGUGGCUGGGUAGAAAACAAGCACAAUGAAAAAGAUGGUAUCGCACAGGAAAGUCUGUGGUCUAACGACAAAGAACACCUUAAGUUUGAGGCAGUUCCAGUGGUUACUCCUCGUAGCAUACCUCAAGACUUACCAUAUGGAACAAACAGAGGAUACUAUGACCCUUGUGAGCCUGGUAUCAUGGGAGAUGCAACAAUGACAAGAUCUAGGCAUGAUCUUGGUGCACUUAAUGUUGAUUUAAUUGGCUCAGCUUUCGUUCCAGCCAACUCAAAUUAUGAUUUUGGAGAAGAAUAUAUACCUGUUGGUGGUUAUGUCAGUGACACCUUGCCCUCUAAGAACUCAAAUUAUGAUUUUGGAGAAGAAUAUAUACCUGUUGGUGGUUAUGUCAGUGACACCUUGCCCUCUAAGAACUCAAAUUAUGAUUUUGGAGAAGAAUAUAUACCUGUUGGUGGUUAUGUCAGUGACGCCUUGCCCAAGAACUCAAAUUGUGAUUCUGGAGAAGAAUAUAUACCUGUUGGUGGUGGUUAUGUCAGUGACGCCUUGCCCUCUGAGACAGUCCAACCAUUUUCUGAUGAAUAUAAUGGUACUAGUAUGAACACUAGUAGUCUGGGUUAUAUUCCAAUGCCUAUUGAACAUCAUCGUGAAUACCAAACUAACAUUGGCAAGUCUGUAGUUGCGCGUGCUGAAUCUGAAUCCAGAUAUGGACAUCUGCGUCAUUAUCAGUUUCCUGGUAACUUAACUUCUACAGGGUCCACUGAAAACAUGAGGACGGUUGAGAGGCUACCGUACCCCGACCCCUGCAUCGUUCCUUCAUUUACUUACCCUUCAUCAUCAAGGGGUUUUUCUCCCAAGGACGGACUCAACAGUGAAAUUCAAACAUAUCAAUACCAAGAAGAAGUUGGAGGUCAUGUUUCUUAUACAAACAAGAUGGCUGUUCGGGGUUCCAGUAUUUACCCUUCUUUUGCUUAUCCUUCAACAUCAGGGGAUGGAGCUGAUUUGUAUGACAGAACUAAUAACAAAGGCCAAGCUUCUCAACGGCAUGAAGAUUUUGGCGGUGAUGCUUUUGACUCUAACAAUAGGGUGACUCGAAUGAAAGAGCGUGUUAAUCCUGCUGAACUUGGAAGAACUAGAACCAGAGAGAGUGUCUUCAAAAGGCUUGGUGUGCCUCCUUCAAGAGAACGUUAUGCUGAAAAGGAUACGUCUCCGGACACUGAAUCAGUCGAUGAGGUCAUGGCCUUUUUAAACGACUGUCACAAAGUUUGGAUGGAGAAAAAAAGAUCAAAUAUGAGUACCUCUGAGGAUUCUGGCAAACCGAAGAAGAAAAAGGAAAAGAUUCAGAGAGCAGAGGUACUUGACAAUGAUUUGACCCACCCUUUAAUUGAGACUACUCCAGAUGAUAUGUUGGAUUGUGAAGGAAGUAUGGAACAAAGUGUUCAAAAGCUACCAUUCAUUAAUUUUAAGCGCCGUAGCAAAGCUCAAAAGAGCCCUGGUGAUCCAACUCAAGGGUGUAAAGAAAGCCCUGAAACCCCAGCUUCUCAGAACAAGAAAAGGAAGCUGCUGAGGCCUAAACUCAUUGAAGAGGACUCGGAAAAGGAUAGAGGAAACAAAGAUAAUCCUAUUAGAAUUGUCUUGGCCUCGGAAAAUGAUAGAGAUAAAAAUGAGGAUUCUAUUGAAAAUAUCUUGGCCUCACAGUCUGCUGUUGAAGUCCCCGUCCAUGACUUCCGUGGACGUAGUGAAGAUGACUCGGAAAAUGAUAGAGGUAAAAAUGAGGAUCCUAUUGAAAAUAUCUUGGCCUCACAGUCUGCUAUUGAAGUCCCCGUCCAUGACUUCCUUGGACGUAGUGAAGAUGACUCGGAAAAUGAUAGAGGCAAAAAUGAGGAUCCUAUUGAAAGUAUCUUGGCCUCAUAGUCAGUUGUUGAAGUCCCCGUCCAUGACUUCCUUGGACGUGAUGAAGAUGACUCAGACAAAGAAAGAGGAAACGAUGGUGAUCCUAUUGGCAAUGUAUUGGCCACACAGUCGGCUACUGAGGUUCCCUUCCAUGACUUCCUUGGACGUGAUGAUCGAUAAACGCUCAAAUGGAGUUGGAAGUAGUAAAGGACAGAGAAUAUGGCCUCUUCCAGGAUGUACUUCUACAAUAGAAGGUGCAGGUUGUUCCUUAGCUGUUGUGCCAUUUAAUUUGUCUUCUUAAUCAUGUUGACUGUAUAAUAUCUAGUACUAGCAUAGAAUCAAUGUUUACAUACUU